GAAAGUAAUGACUCCGACAGCGGCGCUGUUAUGGGAAUCGAACACAAGGUUAGCACUUGAUGCUAACACAUCAGCAGUGAGAGGGACCCUGUGUUAUCCUGCUGCACAUCGCUGCUGUCUGUGUUAUGAGAAGAGGACACUUGCUGUCUGAGGACCGCGAAUGAGCACUAUGGCUGCAGCCCCUCCACUCAGAAGGACAGACUCCGCUCGGGGGGAGUUCUCUCCCCUCAAGCACUUUGUUGUUGCCAAGAAGAAGAUCAGCGAUGUGUUUCAGCAGCUGCUCGAUUACGUGAAAGAGACCUCAGAGUUUGUGGAAGAAACUUGUGGGAACAAAGCUUUGAAGAACAUCGCCAGUGAGGAUCAAAAGUUGGAGAUCCAGGCAUAUGCUGACAAACUUGCCAUUAUUAAGGAGGUGUUGGCCCGCAGACACAUGAAAGUGGCAUUUUUUGGCAGGACAAGUAAUGGUAAAAGCACAGUGGUCAACGCCAUGCUGAGGGACCGCGUGCUGCCCAGCGGUAUUGGCCACACCACUAACUGCUUCCUGAGUGUGGAGGGCACAGAUGAAGACAAGGCUUACCUCAAGACAGAGGGCUCUGAUGAGGAGAAGAGCAUCAAGACAGUAAACCAGCUGGCUCACGCUCUCCACAUGGACGAGAGUCUGGACGCAGGCUGUCUCGUACGCGUCUUCUGGCCAAAAACCAAGUGUGCUCUGCUUCGAGAUGACCUGGUGCUUGUAGACAGCCCCGGGACAGAUGUUACAACACAACUGGAUAGCUGGAUUGACAAGUUUUGUCUAGAUGCUGAUGUAUUUGUGCUGGUGGCCAACUCUGAAUCCACUCUCAUGAACACGGUGAGGAAGCAGCACACAGACCGGUGUGUGAACUUCCUGGUCGAGGAGUUGAAGGUUGUGGACCGUGAGGAGGCACCCAACCACAUUUUCUUUGUCUCCGCCAAAGAGGUGCUCAACUCUCGCAUGCAACGUGCACAGGGCAUGCCCGAAUCAGGUGGUGCUCUGGCUGAGGGCUUCCAGGAGAGACUGAAGGAGUUCCAGAGCUUUGAGAGGAGGUUUGAGGAGUGUAUCUCGCAGUCAGCAGUGAAAACAAAGUUUGAGCAGCACACUAUCAGGGCCAAGCAGAUCACAGAAAAAGUCAAGAGCAUCAUGGACUCCAUUAACAUCGAGGCAGCAGAGAAAAGGGUGGCAGCACUGGAGGACCGAGAGUAUCAGAUGGACCGACUGGAGUUUGUCAAGAAUCAACUCAACUUGCUGAUUUCUGACAUCAAGACAAAGAUUAAAGCCAUAAGUGAAGACGUCGAGUCCAAGGUGUCCAGUGCAAUGGGGGAGGAGAUCUGCCGUCUCCAUGUAAUCAUAGAUGAGUUCCACUCUGACUUCCACCCCUCACCUCAUAUCCUCAAGAUCUACAAGUCUGAGCUGCUGGCUCAUGUGGAGGAGGGGAUGGGGAAGAACCUGGCCUACCGCUGCUCCGACGCCGUGAAUGCAUCUGUCCAGUCUUCUCAGAGAUACAUGAUGGAGAGCAUGCAACCUCUGCUUCCCUCUGCAGCCCAGAGCCAGAUCCACAUGCUGGUACCCAGCAGGAAGUUUGACCUAAGUUACGACCUUAACUGCGCCACACUCUGCAGCGACUUCCAGGAGAACAUCGAGUUUCAGUUUUCGUUGGGUUGGGCAUCGUUGGUCCACCGCUUCCUGGGAUCUGUCAAUGCACAGAGAGCCCUCAGACUUGUGGACCAGAACCUCCAGGGCUCUCGACCAGCGCUUCCCGUGGCCCUUACUCCUUCCUCAGGACCCCCCUCCAUAGUAUCGCAAGCAAACCACGAGACAGCCCUGAUGACCCAAGAGGACCUGAUGGUAGCCAUGGCAACAAAUGUGGCCUCCCUAACCUCCCGCACUUCAAUGAGCGUCAUCAUUGUUGGAGGAGUGGUAUGGAGAACAGUUGGCUGGAGGCUGAUUGCCCUCUCGACCUCGCUGUACGGCUUGUUGUACCUGUACGAGAGACUCACCUGGACGACAAAGGCAAAGGAGCGCACGCUGAAGCGCCAGUUUGUGGACUAUGCUACAGAGAAGCUGCAGCUGAUCGUCAGCUUUACUAGUAGCAGCUGCAGCCACCAGGUGCAACAGGAGAUGGCUACGACCUUUGCUCGGCUCUGUCAGCAGGUGGACCAGACGCAGAAAGAGCUGGAGGCAGAAAUCCGCCAACUGACAGCCAAGAUAGAUCAGCUGGAGACCGUCCAGAGCCACUCUAAGAGCCUGCGACACAAAGCCACAGAGCUGGAGAGGCAGCUGGAGGAAUUCACGAACCAGUACCUGCAGCCUCCGCAGUGAAGACGCUCCUCUUCAUCGCUCCACACUUGGUUUCACGAUGAGCCAUUCAUUCCUCAGUCAGGCGCCACCUCACCGCCCCUGGGCCUCCUCCAUCAGCCACACUACACCACAGUUACCCUGUGGGCUGUAGUGCUGAAAAGUUUGGUCGGCUAUCAGCGAAAUAUGAAUCAUUCAUCGGGCAAGACGACUAAAUCGUUUUUCAAAUGUAAAGAUGAAGUCCUUUUUUUGUUUCAUUUGUAAAAUUUUAUGUUAAUUCAAAUCACAGUUUUUUAAAGACUAAUCAAUUAAUGAAAAAAAGGAUUUAUAGACAAUGAAAACUAUCUGUGGUUUCUCUCUUAGCAAAGAGAGAAGAGUGAGGGCGCAGUCACGACAGUAUUUUCCCUCAUCCUCUGCCUGCCAGGUGCUUCAGGCGCCGGAGAAAUGGCAGCAAACAAACUGUAAAACAAAACUGCCUGUAAUAAAACGCUGUGCACGUCGAUGCACCACAAAGACACGAUAGAAUCUCUGUCAGCUUGAAAAUACAGAUCGGGUGCUAUAUUUUGACACUAACGUGCUUCUAACUGUGAAUAUGCCUUUUUUUGACCUUUGUGGAGCAAAUGAAGUCUGUGUCUGUCAGAUUGUACAUUGUUUCUGUUCAGGCACAUGAUCUACUGUAUCGUAGCAAGAAUAAUAAAUAUAUUUAAUAAA